AUCGCAAUUCCCAACAUAAAAAAAACGCCGCUGCUUGCGGUGUUUGCAGAAUAUUUUUCAGUUGCAAUUUCAUCAAUUUAUUCUACAUUUAAAAGAGUGUAAAAACAUUAAAUUAUCAAUUUUUGUACGUGCACAAAGUGCACCAAAACUAUUUGGUUAAUAUUAUGUACGAAAAUGAAGAAGAGAAUUUCGAGGAGGAGAAUGUGGAAGAAAUCUCGCACGAGCUGUGGCAGGAGGCCUGCUGGAUUGUGAUCAACGCGUACUUUGAUGAGAAGGGUUUGGUGCGUCAGCAGCUGGACAGCUUCGAUGAGUUCAUACAGAUGUCCGUGCAGCGGAUUGUGGAGGAUUCGCCGGCCAUUGAGCUGCAGGCGGAGGCACAGCACACAUCCGGCGAGGUGGAGACGCCGCCACGUUUCUCGCUCAAAUUUGAACAGAUCUACCUGUCCAAGCCGACGCAUUGGGAGAAGGAUGGUUCGCCCAGUCCCAUGAUGCCGAAUGAGGCCCGUUUGCGUAAUCUGACUUACUCGGCUCCACUGUAUGUAGAUAUCACAAAGACAAAGAACGUGGAGGGUCUGGAUCCCGUUGAGACGCAGCAUCAGAAAACGUUUAUUGGAAAAAUUCCGAUUAUGUUGAGAUCAACAUAUUGCCUGCUCUCCCAGCUAACUGAUCGUGAUUUGACUGAGCUGAACGAGUGUCCACUCGAUCCCGGUGGCUAUUUCAUCAUCAACGGUUCGGAGAAAGUGCUCAUUGCACAGGAGAAAAUGGCCACGAAUACUGUUUACGUGUUCAGCAUGAAAGAUGGCAAGUAUGCGUUCAAAACUGAAAUACGCUCCUGUCUGGAGCACAGCUCACGUCCCACCUCAACGCUCUGGGUGAACAUGAUGGCGCGUGGCUCGCAGAACAUUAAAAAGUCUGCAAUUGGCCAGCGCAUCAUAGCAAUUUUGCCGUAUAUCAAACAGGAAAUACCCAUUAUGAUUGUGUUUCGUGCGUUGGGCUUUGUGGCCGAUCGUGAUAUCUUGGAGCACAUCAUCUACGACUUUGACGAUCCGGAAAUGAUGGAGAUGGUGAAACCCUCACUGGACGAGGCGUUCGUUGUGCAGGAGCAGAAUGUCGCCCUCAAUUUCAUUGGAGCACGCGGCGCAAGACCCGGUGUCACCAAGGAUAAGCGUAUCAAGUAUGCCAAGGAAAUUCUGCAAAAGGAAAUGUUGCCACAUGUGGGCGUCUCCGAUUUCUGUGAGACAAAGAAGGCAUAUUUCUUGGGGUACAUGGUACAUCGAUUGCUGCUCGCAUCGCUCGGUCGUCGCGAGCUCGACGAUCGUGAUCAUUAUGGCAACAAGCGUCUGGAUUUGGCUGGUCCACUGUUGGCCUUCCUGUUCCGCGGCCUCUUCAAGAACCUCAUGAAAGAGGUGCGCAUGUACACGCAGAAGUUCAUUGAUCGUGGCAAGGAUUUCAAUCUGGAGCUGGCCAUCAAGACAAACAUUAUAACGGAUGGACUGCGCUACUCGCUGGCCACCGGCAAUUGGGGGGAUCAGAAGAAGGCGCAUCAGGCGCGUGCCGGCGUCUCGCAGGUGUUGAAUCGUCUCACCUUUGCCUCCACCUUGUCCCAUUUGCGUCGCGUCAACUCGCCAAUUGGACGCGAUGGCAAGCUGGCCAAGCCCCGCCAGCUGCACAACACACUCUGGGGCAUGUUGUGCCCGGCCGAGACACCGGAGGGCGCUGCUGUUGGUCUAGUCAAGAAUCUGGCACUUAUGGCCUAUAUUUCGGUGGGUUCGCAGCCAUCGCCAAUUCUGGAGUUCUUGGAGGAGUGGUCCAUGGAGAAUCUGGAGGAAAUUGCGCCCUCGGCCAUUGCAGAUGCAACGAAAAUCUUUGUGAAUGGCUGUUGGGUGGGCAUACAUCGGGAUCCCGAGCAGCUGAUGGCCACGCUGCGCAAGCUGCGUCGCCAGAUGGACAUCAUUGUCUCGGAGGUCUCAAUGAUUCGCGAUAUUCGCGACCGCGAGAUCCGUAUCUAUACGGAUGCGGGCCGCAUCUGUCGGCCGCUGCUCAUCGUGGAGAAUGGUACGCUGCUGUUGAAGAAGACGCAUGUGGAAAUGUUGAAGGAACGCGACUACAACAACUACAGUUGGCAGGUGCUGGUUGCGUCUGGUGUCGUUGAGUAUAUCGACACCCUCGAGGAGGAGACUGUCAUGAUUGCCAUGUCACCGUACGAUCUCAAGCAGGACAAGGACUAUGCAUAUUGUACCACGUACACGCACUGUGAGAUUCAUCCGGCCAUGAUAUUGGGUGUCUGUGCCUCCAUCAUACCCUUUCCAGAUCACAAUCAGAGUCCACGUAACACAUAUCAAAGUGCUAUGGGCAAGCAAGCUAUGGGCGUCUAUAUAACCAAUUUCCAUGUGCGCAUGGACACACUUGCUCACGUGCUGUACUAUCCAAUGAAGCCGCUGGUCACCACACGUUCUAUGGAGUAUUUGCGGUUCCGAGAGCUGCCCGCCGGCAUUAAUUCGAUUGUGGCAAUUUUGUGCUAUACUGGCUACAAUCAGGAGGAUUCUGUCAUUCUCAAUGCGUCGGCUGUGGAGCGUGGUUUCUUCCGAUCGGUGUUCUACCGUUCGUACAAGGAUUCGGAGAAUAAGCGUGUCGGUGAUCAGGAGGAGAACUUUGAGAAACCACAUCGAGGCACCUGCCAAGGCAUGAGGAAUGCUCAUUACGACAAACUGGACGACGAUGGCAUCAUUGCGCCGGGCAUACGUGUUUCUGGCGAUGAUGUCGUCAUUGGCAAGACAAUUACGCUGCCUGAGAACGAUGAUGAGCUGGACAGCAAUACGAAGCGAUUCGCCAAGCGAGAUGCGUCCACAUUUUUGCGCAACUCUGAAACGGGCAUUGUGGACCAAGUGAUGUUGACACUGAACAGCGAGGGCUACAAGUUCUGCAAGAUUCGUGUGCGCUCCGUGCGCAUACCACAGAUUGGCGAUAAGUUUGCCUCGCGUCAUGGACAGAAAGGCACGUGCGGCAUUCAGUAUCGCCAGGAGGAUAUGGCGUUCACAUGCGAAGGCCUGGCGCCCGAUAUCAUCAUUAAUCCCCAUGCUAUUCCAUCGCGUAUGACAAUUGGUCAUUUGAUCGAAUGCCUGCAGGGCAAAUUGGGUUCCAACAAGGGCGAAAUUGGUGAUGCCACGCCCUUCAACGAUGCAGUGAAUGUCCAGAAGAUAUCCACGUUCCUGCAGGAGUACGGCUAUCAUCUGCGUGGCAAUGAAGUCAUGUACAAUGGUCACACCGGUCGCAAAAUCAAUGCCCAGGUGUUCCUGGGUCCCACCUAUUAUCAGCGUCUCAAGCACAUGGUCGACGACAAAAUCCAUUCGCGUGCCCGCGGUCCCGUACAGAUUCUUGUGCGCCAGCCCAUGGAGGGCAGAGCGCGUGACGGCGGCCUGCGUUUCGGUGAGAUGGAGCGCGAUUGUCAAAUCUCGCACGGCGCCGCACAAUUCCUGCGCGAACGUCUGUUUGAGGUCUCCGAUCCGUAUCGCGUGCAUAUUUGCAACUUCUGCGGCCUGAUUGCCAUUGCGAAUCUGCGGAACAACACGUUCGAGUGCAAGGGCUGCAAGAACAAGACGCAAAUCUCACAGGUGCGCCUGCCGUAUGCGGCCAAGCUGCUCUUCCAGGAGCUCAUGUCCAUGAACAUUGCACCGCGUUUGAUGGUCAACUAAGCAUGCACUAACUUUUAUCGUAUAUUCUAAGUAUAAUUUUUGAGCUGACUGUGCUCCCAACUAGCGAUUAAUUAAAUUUUUCAUAAUUGUGACAACUCAA